AUGAACUAUGGUUCGUUUGCCCCCCUCCCUCCCGCUCUCCCUGCCCCCACCUCCCAUGCUCGCGUGCUUGUGCUGCUGUGCCGCAGAGGGGUAGUCACAGGGCGGCACAGAGACAGCGAGGGGAGUGGGGGGGAGGGCGAUGAGGCAGGUGGGGGUGGGCGCAAGGUGCGGCAGCAGGUGACAGAGAGAGACCUGUUUGGAGAGUCCAGCGAGGAGGAGGAGGACGAGGAGGGGAGGGAUGCGGGCAGGAAGCAGAGGAAGGCCAGCCGCUCGCCCCAAGGCACUCCCCUGGCGCCGAUGUUACAAUUUCGCACCACACCAUCUGCCAACGCAUGCUGUUGUCGCAUCGUCACUCACACAUGCCUUGCCUUCUCCGCUCCUGCUAACCACCUUCCUUCCGCUUUCCUCACACAGCAGAGGCAUGAGUACGAGCCGGAGGAAGCAGGGGGACGAGAGGCACUCCGAAAGUCGGUGCUGUGGCUGAUGCAAUUUCGCAGCACAGCACCGACAACUCCCCACGCACGUUGCCGUGGCAUCUUCACAUGCCUUCUCUGCCCCUGUUAUCCCCCACUGUUCCCCCUCUUUUCCACUUUCCACCCCUUCCCCUCGUCUCAAUCAGCAGCGGCAUGGCAGCGGCAUGGGUAUGAGUCGGAGGAGGGGGAGCAGAGGCACGAGAGGGGCGGCUAUGACGAGGAGGGGCGGUGGGAUGAGGAGGGCGGGGAGCGGCGGAGGGCGAGAGAGCGACCCAAGGGGCCUCCCUUGGACCUCGACCUCUCUCUCUUUGACCCCCCUGCUCCACCCGACAAGGUCAUGUGUAUGUGUGUUCAUUCUUCUUGCCUUGCCACACAAGAGGCCUCUCUUAGAGCUCGAUCUCUCUCUCUCUCGUCCACUCCCCUGCUCCACCCGACAGGGAGGGUAGCGCCUCACAGGGUAUGGUGGGCAGUGGGCAUCCAGGCAGCGACCUUCGACCCUCAUUGCCUCUCGCUGCCCCUCAUUGCCCCUCCCCUCUCCCUGCCAGAUGGUGAUGGUGAUGGCGAGCAACAUAGUGGGCAUUCAAGCAGCCCCCUUCGACCCCGACACAUGGUGAUGGUGAUGGCGAGCAACAUAGUGGGCAUUCAAGCAGCCCCAUUCGACCUUGACACGUAUGAGGAGGGCGGCCCACAGAACCUCAUUCGCUGGCGCCACGUGCGCCGCCCCGAUGGCACCAUGGGGGUGAGUGCAGCAUGGGGCGAGUGGGUGCAGCAUGGGGUGGAGAGCAACGCGCGCAUGGUGAGGUGGUCAGACGGCUCGUUGCAUCUGCUGCUGGGCGCUGAGGUGCUGGCCACAGACAUCAAGAGCAUGCAGCAUGAUAAGGCGCACCUCUUUGUUCGCCACCCCAAGCAAGGGGUGGUGCAGGGGCAGGGACAGCUGUUAGAGAAGAUGCGGUUCCGCCCAUUCGACACGCACAGCCUGAUUCACAAGAAGCUAACGCUGGGGCUGGACUCAAAGUACCGCAAGGGCAAGGAGCUCAAGAGCAUCGUCACCACUGGCGACCCCGAGAAGGAGAAGGAGGAGCGCGAGCGGGUGAGUGGCGUGUGGUGUGGUGGCUUGUCACUGGCGCUGGGGCUGGACUCAAAGUACCGCAAGGGCAAGGAGCUCAAGAGCAUCGUCACCACUGGCGACCCCGAGAAGGAGAAGGAGGAGCGCGAGCGGAGCAUUCAGCAGCAGAUUCGCACCAAGGAGACUCUAAGGCAGGAGCAGGAGAAGCGAGCGCGGAAAUACUCCAACCAGCCGCAGCAGCGUGCCGCACGCGACCGCGAGCAGCAGCGAUACGGCGGGGGGUACCGGCAACAGGUGUGUGGAGUGCCGACAGGUGCAGUCUCAUUCUUGCACCUCUCUCUCUCCCUCGCCCUGCUGCCCGACCCCUCUACUCCUCCCUGCUGCCCAACCCCUUCAUUCCUCCCUGCUGCCCAACCCCUUCAUUCCUCCCUGCUGCCCAACCCCUUCAUUCCUCCCUGCUGCCCAACGCCUUCACUUCUCUCUGCAAUUUGUACCUUAUACGGCCACUGGAGUGCAUGUUCCUUCCAUGCAACACUUUUGAGCCCACCCCCUCUUAAAUCCUGCCUCCCCCACCAGCCCUCUCCCUCUCACGGCCAUCGCCCCGCCAAGGCUGCCAGUCCUCAGGCAGAGGAGGCUGCCAGUCCUCAGCCUUUCUGGUGUGCCAUCAGUACCCUCCAAGUCCUCAUCGUCCCUCCUUUCCCCACUCCCUACCCCCUCUUUCAUCCCAGCUCCCACACCAGCCCUCUCCCUCCUAUGACCAUCGCCCCUCCUAUAGACCCUCUCCCCCUUGCCUCUUUCAUCCUGCCUGCGCCCUCCCCUCCCCCCACCAGCGUUCGCCCUCCUACGACCAUCGGCCCGCCAAGGCUGCAAAGGCUUCAGGCAGAGGAGGCCGGUAUAGUGAUGAGGAGGAGUCUGAAGGGGACAGGGGGCGAGGGGGGUAUGAUGAGGGCCGGGGGGGCAGGGGCAGGAGAUUGGAGGAGUCUGAUGAUGAGGGGUAUGGGCGGAGAGGUGGGGAGAGGGGGCGGGGAGGGGGGGAGGAACAGGGGGGGGAUGAGGAGGAUUGGAUGGAGGAGCGGGAGGAGAGCAGGAAGGCGGCAGCGUGGCGGCGGAAGAGAGUGGUGGAGAGCGAUGAGGAUGAGUAGGUGGUAUGGGGUGGGGGAUGCCGUGCCAGGUGCCAUGGCAGGUGGCAUGGCAGGUGCCAUGGCAGGUGCCAUGGCAGGUGGCGUGCGAGGUGGGGCAGUUGAGGAAGAGAGUAGUGGAGAGCGAUGA